UAGUGGCGUCAGCGCGUCGCGCGCGUGUCGUCACCGGCCGUGACGGCGGCGGCGGCGGCGGCGGCGGCGGGGAGGGGCUGGGCCGGGCCGGACCGGGCCGUGCGGGGCCGCGGCCGCGGGGGGGCCGGAGCCGGGACCGGAGCCGGGGCCGGGGUUGGAGUCGGGGUUGGGGUCGGGGCGGCGAUGGCGCCGCGGCUGCAGCUGGAGAAGGCGGCGUGGCGCUGGACCGAGACGGUGCCGCCCGAGGCGGUGGCGCAGGAGCACAUCGAGGCGGCCUACCGCGUCGGGCUGGAGCCCUGCCAGCGCGGCGCCUGCCGGAGGAACUGCCGGGGGAACCCCAACUGCCUGGUGGGCAUCGGGGAGCACGUCUGGCUGGGCGAGAUCGACGAGAACAGCUUCCACAACAUCGACGACCCCAACUGCGAGCGCCGCAAGAAGAACGCAUUCGUAGGUUUAACGAACCUCGGAGCCACGUGCUACGUGAACACUUUCUUGCAGAUGUGGUUUCUUAACUUGGAGCUUCGGCAAGCGCUUUACUUGUGUCCGAGCACCUGCAGCGAGUACACGACUGGCGAGGGCAUCCCAAAAGACAGAGACUACGAGCCUCAGACCAUUUGUGAACACCUCCAGUACUUAUUUGCCUUGCUGCAGAACAGUAAAAGGCGAUACAUCGAUCCUUCCGGGUUCGUGAAAGCGCUAGGCUUGGAUACAGGACAGCAACAGGAUGCCCAGGAGUUUUCAAAGCUGUUCAUGUCCCUGCUGGAAGAUACUCUAUCCAAACAAAAAAAUCCAGAUGUUCGAAACAUAGUGCAAAAGCAGUUCUGUGGAGAAUAUGCAUAUGUCACGGUCUGCAACCAGUGUGGCAGGGAGUCCAAACUUGUGUCUAAAUUUUAUGAACUGGAGUUAAAUAUACAAGGGCACAAGCAGCUGACAGACUGUAUUACUGAGUUUCUUAAGGAAGAAAAAUUAGAGGGGGACAAUCGUUACUUUUGCGAAACUUGUCAAAGUAAGCAGAAUGCCACAAGGAAGAUCAGGCUGUUGAGUCUUCCAUGUACGCUCAACCUGCAGCUGAUGCGGUUUGUGUUUGACAGACAAACCGGCCACAAGAAGAAGCUGAACACCUACAUCGGCUUCUCUGAGCUGCUUGACAUGGAGCCUUUCAUGGAACAAAGAAAUGGUGUCUACGUGUAUGAACUUAGUGCUGUCCUCAUACACAGAGGCGUGAGCGCGUACUCCGGGCACUACAUCGCCCACGUGAAGGACCCGCAGACGGGCGAGUGGUACAAGUUUAACGAUGAAGACAUAGAAAAGAUGGAGGGGAAGAAAUUGCAAUUGGGGAUUGAGGAAGAUCUAGCGGAGCCUUCUAAAUCUCAGACUCGUAAACCUAAGUGUGGGAAAGGCACUCACUGCUCUCGAAAUGCUUACAUGCUGGUAUACAGGCUGCAAACCCGGGAGAAGUCUCCGACAGUCGAAGUACCAGCUUUCCUGCAGGAGCUGGUGGAACGCGACAACUGCAAGUUUGAGGAGUGGUGUAACGAAAUGGCAGAGAUGCGCAAACAGAGCGUGGCCAGAGGCAAAAUCAAACACGAAGAGGUGAAGGAGCUCUACAAAAGGUUACCUGCUGAAGCUGGUUCCCCAUACGAUUUCAUCUCUCUCGAAUGGCUACAGAAAUGGCUGGAUGAGUCCACUCCUCCGAAACCUAUAGAUAACACAGCCUGCCUGUGUUCACACGGGAAACUCCAUCCUGAUAAAAUAUCAAUUAUGAAGAGGAUAUCAGAGUAUGUGGCUGACUUCUUCUACAGGAGAUACGGAGGGGGACCCCGGCUGAAUGUUAAAGCACUUUGCAAGGACUGCGUGGUAGAAAGGUGUAGAAUACUACGACUGAAAAACCAAUUAAAUGAAGACUACAAAACUGUUACGAACUUGCUGAAAAUAACUGUAAAAGGGAAUGACGGGUUUUGGGUUGGAAAGGCGUCCUUGCGGAGCUGGCGUCAAUUGGCUCUAGAGCAAUUAAACGAACAAGACGAAGAUGCGGAGCACAGUAAUGGAAAAAUGAAUGGAAAUGCACAAAACAAAGACGAAUCAAAUGAAGAGAAAAGAGAAGAGGAAGAGGAGUUAAAUUUUAACGAAGACAUUGUUUGCCCACAUGGUGACCUGUGCAUAUCGGAAAAUGAAAGAAGAGUGGUUUCGAAAGAAGCCUGGAAGAAGCUCAAGCAAUAUUUUCCAAAGGCCCCUGAAUUCCCAAGUAACAAAGAGUGCUGUUCCCAGUGCAAGAUUUUGGAGCGAGAAGGAGAGGAAAACGAAGCUCUGCAUAAGAUGAUGGCUAGCGAGCAGAAGACGUCUCUCCAGAACCUGUUUCACGAUAAAUGCAGGCCUUGCCUUGGCAGCUGGCCUCAGGAGACAGAUGAGCUGUAUAUUGUAUCGCAGUUUUUUGUAGAAGAAUGGAGGAAAUUUGUCAGGAGGCCGACGCGCUGCAGCCCCGUGUCCUCGGUAGGAAACAGCGCUCUGCUCUGCCCCCACGGGGGCCUUAUGUUCACCUACGCUUCCAUGACCAAAGAAGACUCCAAACUUAUAGCUCUAAUAUGGCCCAGUGAGUGGGAGAGGAUUCAAAAACUGUUUGUCGUGGAUCACGUCAUCAAAAUCACCAGGACGCAAGCCGCCGGGGCGGACCCUGAGAGCGCUCUCUACGACUCGGAGCCCAAACUCUGUCCAGAAUGCAGAGAAGGGCUGUUAUGCCAACAGCAGCGGGACUUGCGUGAGUACACCCAAGCCACCAUCUACAUCCAUAAAGUGGUGGAUAAUAAAAAGGUAAUGAAGGACGCUGCUCCAGAGCUGAACGUGAGCAGCUCAGAAGCUGAAGAGGAAAGGGAGGAAAACAAACCAGAGGGGGAACAAGACCCAGAUUUUAACCAGACCAACGGUGGUGCAAAGCGCCAGAAGAUCUCGCACCAGAACUACAUCACUUACCAAAAGCAAGGCAUCAGGCGGAGCACGCGGCACCGGAAAGUCAGAGGGGAAAAGGCGCUGCUGGUUUCUGCUAAUCAGACAUUGAAAGAGCUGAAAAUACAGAUCAUGCAUGCAUUUUCAGUUGCCCCCUUCGACCAGAACUUGUCGAUCGACGGGAAGAUACUAAGUGAUGACACCGCGACGCUCGGCAGCCUGGGAGUCAUCCCCGAAUCCGUCAUUUUAUUAAAGGCCGACGAACCAAUUGCAGAUUAUGCAGCGAUGGACGACGUUAUGCAAGUUUGUAUGCCUGAAGAAGGAUUUAAAGGGACUGGUUUACUUGGACACUGAUGGUUUUUAUACAUGCUGGCGGCAGAGGAGCGACCAGAAGGGAAGAGGAUUUUGACAUGGUAGGGCAUUAAAAGAAAAGGUGGAUACAGGACUGAACAGUUGCUUGACUCUUCCAGAAGGCAGAAACCCAUUCUGAAAUGACUGCCCCCAAAAAUGCCUUAUGUCAAAGCAGAUUGCACUGAAGGACAUCCUGACUUCGAGAGAACGUUUCAAAUUUUAUAUUUAAUAAAGCAAAAGUAAGGUUGAAAAGUUAGUAGCAGUAACAAUGUAUCAUGUUUACAGGCAGGCGUUUCUAGCGAGGGAGACAGUGGUGUUUGCGUGUGUUUCCUGACUCAGAUUUCGUACCACGCUCGUCUGUCCAAAAAGGAAUCGUAAUGCAGUAGAUCAAAAACAUCUUGAUCUGUUCUCCAGUAACUCUUUAGGCAUAACCUGCUUACAGAUAAUCCUGUCUUUGAUCCACUAUUACUCUUUCCGAGCAGCAUGGAAGUAAAGAAAUUGUUAAUUGUGAAGAAUGUCUAGCUCUUUCCAACGUCAUAUAUUUACCCAACGUGUAAGCCGUGGUCUGCCUACGAAAGCCUUCCAUCCGUGACUCGUAGCGCCGGCGCGGCGAAGGAGGCGGGGAGCCGCCUUCCUCGCCCGCGCCGGAGGUUUGAUUUCUCAGCCACUCGCCUUUUCGCAGUUUUACUUCCAAACAUGAUGAUCUUAACUUUCAAUAAUCACAUGGUCUUUCUCUCUGUGAACUGUGUUUUUAGAAACGUGGAAUAUUUUAACGACUUUUGAUAACAUCUUUCUCCAGUAUGUUACUGCCAAGAGCCAGAAACCGUUCGCGCUCUGCCGGUCGCUUCGCGAGCUUUGAAUCGUUCUUUGCUGGAACCGGAGAUACCGAAGGGGCUGUGUCGUGCUUGGGUGGUGUGUUUUCCAUGUAAAAGAGGUUUUCCCUCUGUUCUCCUUGUUUUCAGGAAUGCACUAAAGAUUUUUUUUCUUUUUUCACGUCUCCUGUAGCUCCCGGAAGGGAUCUCUUCCUCUCCUGAUUGACUAUUAGUAGCAGGAAAUAGUGUACCACUUCCAGGCUUAAAAGGGCACUGUCAAGGUAUCUUCGUAAUAAAGUUAGCUGUUUCCAUGA